CAAUCUGAAAAAUUCACAGAUUUUUCUCUCGCUUUCUGUCACUCUCGGUCUCUCUCUCUCUAUUUUUUCAUUUCUCACACUUGCUAGGGUUUUAUAUGUCCCCAAUUGUCCUUCCUAUAUAUCUGCCCCAAAUAAAUAAAUAUAUAUCGAUCGCAUUCAGUCACGCAUUUCGUGACCAACCCAAAUCGAGUUUCCCCAGUUUUCGAGUUCCCUUCGGAGCAAUUACUGCGAUUUCUGGUGGAAUCUCGUAUUACUACUACUUUUCUUCACCGAAUUUGGUUGCUUCUUGUUCAGAAGUCUGCCUUUUGUUCUAUUGUGUGGGCAGACUUUUGUCACAAACAAUGGGGAGCACAUUUAAUCCGCAGAUUCUGAUGGAAAAGCUGGCCAAGCUCAACAGUUCACAGCAGAGCAUUGAGACUUUAUCACAUUGGUGUAUUUUCCAUAUGAAUAAGGCAAAACAAGUUGUUGAAACAUGGGAUAGACAAUUCCAUUGCUCCCCACGUGAGCAAAGAUUGGCUUUUCUAUAUCUUGCGAACGAUAUUCUGCAGAAUAGUAGGCGAAAGGGGUCAGAGUUUGUUGGUGAGUUUUGGAAGUUUCUUCCAGAUGCACUCCGUGACGUAAUCGACAAUGGGGAUGAGUUUGGAAGAAAUGCUGCACUACGACUGGAUACUGAGAAAUUGCUUAAUUACUGGCCCAAUCCCAGAUUACAUUGGUGAAUUGUCUGAUCUCAAAAUUUUGUAAGUUCAUUCUAAUUGGCUUUCUUACAGAGAUUCAUGGUCUCUUGAUUUUAAGUUAAUAUUGAUUUGAUAUCUCUAAACAUAGAAAUGCUUUAUUUGUGUUCUUAUUCUUCAAUUAAGUAGUUUUGAUAUUUAUUUAAUUUGACAUGUUAUAUUAUAUCUGAAGAUUCCUUGUUUGUUAUGUUAGUUUUAUUUUCUGUUUUUUAAGAAAACUAAAAACUCUAUAACCACCUUGAUACUUCAAAGAAUCAGCUAGCCAUUUACUAAUCAUGGAGAUGAAUAAGACCUUUAAAUUUCAUAUAUGUUCAAUGUCUACUGUUAUUCAUCUAUACCUCUUACCCCUUUUGUGCAUACCAAAAUUAUUCUUCGGAUUUUAUGAAACAAACUUUCUUUAAGAUUUGUUGUGUAGGAUCUGUUUGAGUCCUAGAAAUUAUUGGGGAGCAAAGUGGAUGUAAAUUAGAUCGCAUUAAAGUCAUCUGCGAGGUGUGGGCAUGAUGCUGUACAUGAAUUUGAUAGGACAUAGGCACAUAUUAAGUCACAUCUUAAAAAAGAGAAAUUGGGACAUGACAGGGACAGGUAUAUGUGAAACAAUAUUCAGUAAUAUGCUUGCAACAGUUGUUGAAGGGUAU